UUUUCCCACUGAAUUCUUCUCUUGACCUAACUACUCUUAUUCUCUCAAGGGUUUGAUUUUCUUUCUCUUCCGGUUGUCAUCCGUGAGUGUGGGAGAUUGACCAGUAUCGAAAUGGCCAAGUCGAAGAACCACACAACCCACAACCAGUCUCGUAAAGCCCACAGGAAUGGCAUCAAGAAGCCCAGAUCCCACCGCUAUGAGUCUCUGAAGGGGGUGGACCCUAAGUUCCUGAGGAACAUGCGCUUUGCCAAGAAGCACAACAAGAAGGGACUGAAGGCGGCGCAGAAGGCGGUGCAGAAGGCAGCCCAGGAAAAAUAAACUGCAACUCAGUCACCCCUCUCUGUCAGCGUUUUGUGUUUCCACCAUCAUAAUAAAGCUAUGCUUUGUUAACAAACCAA